AUGUCGUGCCUGUGGGACUCAGAAUAUCCCCCAGAACCCCCAGAAAAUCCCCAGAAACUCCCCAGAAUAUCCCAGAAACCCCCAGAAACUCCCAGAAACCUCCCAGAAUAUCACCAGAAACUCCAAGAAUAUCCCAGAACUCCCCAGAAUAUCCCCAGAAACUCCCCAGAAUAUCACCAGAACUCCCCAGAAUAUCCCCAGAAACUCCCCAGAAUAUCCCCAGAAACUCCCCAGAAUAUCCCCAGAAACUCCCAAAAAUAUCCCCAGAAUCCCCCAGAAUAUCCCCAGAAACCCCAAGAAUAUCCCAGAAACUCCCCAGAAAAUCCCAGAAACCCCCAGAAUAUCCCCAGAAACUCCCCAGAAUAUCCCCAGAAACUCCCCAGAAUAUCCCCAGAAACUCCCCCAGAAUAUCCCCCAAAACCCCCAGAAACUCCCCAGAAUAUCCCCAGAAACCCCAGAUCAUACCCAGAAACUCCCCAGAAACUCCCCCAGAAUAUCCCCAGAAACUCCCAGAAUAUCCCCAGAAACCCCCAGAAUAUCCCCAGAAACUCCCCAGAAUAUCCCCAGAAACCCCCAGAAUAUCCCCAGAAACUCCCCAGAAUAUCCCAGAAACUUCCAAAAAUAUCCCCAGAAACUCCCCAGAAUAUCCCAGAAACCCCCAGAAUAUCCCCAGAACCCCAGAAUAUCCCCAGAAACUUCCAAAAUAUCCCCAGAAACUCCCCAGAAUAUCCCCAGAAACUUCCAAAAAUAUCCCCAGAAACUCCCAAGAAUAUCCGAAACUCCCCAAAAUCCCAGAAACUCCCCAGAAUAUCCCCAGAAACUCCCCAGAAUAUCCCCAGAAACUCCAGAAUAUCCCCAGAAACUGAAUAUCCCCAAAAACUCCCCAAAACUCCCCAGAAUAUCCCCAGAAACUCCCCCAAUAUCCCCAGAAACCCCCAGAAAAUCCCCCAGAAAACCCCAGAAAAUCCCCAGAAUAUCCCCAGAAACCCAGAAUAUCCCCAGAAACACCCCCAGAAUAUCCCAGAAACCCCCAGAAUAUCCCCAGAAACUCCAGAAUCAUCCCCAGAAACCCCCAGAAACUCCCCAGAAUAUCCCCAGAAUAUCCCCAGAAUAUCCAGAAACCCCAGAAUAUCCCCAGAAACUCCCCAGAAACUCCCCAGAAACUCCACAGAAUAUCCCAGAAACUCCCCAGAAUAUCCCAGAAACCCCCAGAAACUCCCCAUAAUAUCCCCAGAAAUCCCCAGAAUAUCCCCAGAACCCCAGAAUAUCACCCAGAAUAUCCCCAGAAACUCCCCAGAAUAUCCCCAGAAACUACCCAGAAUAUCCCCAGAAACUCCCAGAAUAUCCCCAGAAACUCCCAGAAUAUCCCCAGAAACUCCCCAGAAACCCCAAAUAUUCCAGAAACCCAGAAUAUCCCCAGAAUAUCCCAGAACCCCCAGAACAUCCCCAGAACUCCAGAAUAUCCCCAGAAACCCCAGAAUAUCCCAGAAACCCCAGAAUAUCCCAGAACCCCCAGAAUAUCCCCAGAAAUUCCCAGAAUAUCCCAGAAACACCCAGAAACCCCCAGAAUAUCCCCAGAAACCCCAGAAUAUCCCCAGAAACUCCAGAAACUCCCCAGAACCACACACCCCGAGAGCGCAAUAA